AUGAGCGGGAGCCAUCGUAAUGCAGGAAACAAGAAGAUUCGAAUAUUUCCGGUAAGAUUUUCCUGUUUUUCUUUGAUUUUUAGGUAUGAAUACGUACUUCACACUGUGUUUUAACUGAUUGAGAAGGAUUUGAGUUUAGAAAAGGCUAGUUUUUUGAGCUAUGGGCCGUUAUAUUGAGUUAGGUUAUCUGAUAGGAUAGGUGCCGGGGUUUUUGACCAUUACUAUGAUAUAUGGCAUUGUUAUGAAAGUUGGGUUAAAAAACUUUGAAAAGCACAUAUUUAUUCCUGCUUACUGCGAUUUUUAAGUGUAUAUUGACUUUGAGUACAAAGUUAUGUUAGGCUGAAGAUAUUGUGGUACAUUUGGAAUGAUAGGUAUUGGAAUUCUUGACGUAUCUUUUGAACUAAGCAAUAAUAUGUAAAGCGGUAACAUACGUUUUGAAGGGAAUGAGAUGUAGUACAUUUACAAUAAUUUUUGUUUUUAUACCUACAUUGCCUAAGGGGAUAUAUUAGAUCGAAGUUGAAAAAACGGUUUUUUUUGGUAAAAAUUAAAAAGUUGUUGAAUUUUGAACGUUCUAGUUAAUAUAAUUUAUUAAUAUGGUCAUUAUUUAAAAAGAAAAAAUUAAAAAACAAAUAUAUUGUUACCUAAAUUUCAAUUUUUAGAAAACGAUCGACGAGGAUGUGGUACAGAAUAUUUGGGAAAUGCUGAAGAAGGCUUUGAAUGAAAUCCUGAAAAAGAAGCAUUCAGGCUUGUCGUUUGAAGAAUUGUACAGAAACUCGUAUAAUAUGGUGUUGAACAAGAAGGGAGAGGUGUUGUACGAGGGCUUGAGCAACGUAUUGAUCAAACAUUUGGAGGAGGAUGUGAGUUUUUGAGGUUUUGUGUUGAUUUUUAGGGAAAAUCAUUAAUUUUUGGUUGGAAAUGGCGAUUUUUUGGUUACUUCUUGGUUUGUAAAGAAAGUUCUCGUCAUUUCUUGGUCUGUAAAGAAAGUUCUUGUCAUUUUUGGUUUUGUAAACAAAGUUCUUGCCGUCUUCCUUCAUUUUCGCUUAAACUAAUUUAACUUUAGGUAUGUAAACAAGUAGAAGAAUCGAUCGGCCGUAACAGAUUCUUGGACACAUUGAACAGCGUAUGGCAAGACCAUGAGACUGCGAUGACCAUGAUUCGUGACAUCUUGAUGUACAUGGAUCGAGUUUAUGUGGAGCAAGAAAAGAAAGAAAAAGUAUACAAUUUGGGGUUGAGAUUGUUCAGGAACAAAGUUAUUGAUCAGCAUACUAUCAACAAUCAUCUGAAGGUAGGAUUGUUGGUUAUUUUUGAUGGUUUUACAGUAUUGAAGAGUAAUAUUGGCAAUGCUAACAUAUAUAUGAAAUUGUGGAUGAAUAUCUUAAGCUUAGGACAAAGCAUAGCCAAAAAUAUAGCAAAGAUCACUUUUAUGCAUAUAGUAACGUUGAAAAUUGAUUUUUGGCAAGUUUUUGAAAAGUUUUAUUUUAGGUAACAAUUUUUGAUUUUAUGUUGUUUUAUGCUUAAAAGUUUGGUUUUUUGAGGUUUUUAAUGGAUAAUAUGACCUUUUAAAGCCGAGUUAACUUAAAACAAUUGGUUGUGAAAAAAUAUUUUAAAUUUAGGUAACAAAAUGUUAAAGUUUACAUUUUUAGGCUUAAAAGUUGAAAUUUCAUGGAUAUUAUGUCAUUUUAAAGCUUAUAUUGCUAUCGAAAUGCCAUUUUUAAUCUUAUAUUGCAUUUGCAAAUUAGAAUUUUAGGUAACAUUUUUCAAAUUCCAACCUCAUUUCAGGCCACCCUCUUGAGCAUGAUUGCAAGCGAACGGCGAAAAGAAGCGAUCCAAUGGCUGAGCCUGAAGAACCUGAUCCAAAUGUUAUCGGCCCUAGGCCUGGACAAUCGCACCUACUACGAGGAACAGUUCGAGAACCUAUUCCUUCAAGAAUCGGCCGAAUUCUAUCGAAAUGCCGCUCAAAACUUUUUGCAACAGAACUCGGCCUCGGCCUACAUCAGGAAGGUGAACGAGUGUUUGCAAGAUGAGGCACAAAGAGCCGAAAAGUACUUGGACAAGAUCACCGGGGACAAGAUUGUUGAGGUAAGGAAGGGAGUGUAAAGAGAAGGGUAAAUUUUUUUGGGGCAGGGGUGAGAGGUGUGGUGGGCGGGGUAGAAUUUGGGGGAAGGGGGGGUGGAUUAAAUUUUUUUAAAAAUUAUUGGUGUAUUACAUUACAUUGGUUGAGGGAGGGGGUAAAAUUUUUUUUGGGCGGGGAGAGGUAAAAAAAAUAUUCUUUAAUGAAAUUGUUAUCACGCUUGCUUUUUUAGCAAAAAAAAUGUAUGGGGUGGUGGGAGGGAUAAAAAAAUUGGGGGGGGGCGGAGAUUUUUAAAAAGUUUUGUCUUUUAAAUAUUUUUUUAAAAAGCUGAAAAACCGCCACUAAAUUUUAAUUUUCAGGUACUAAAAUCUGAGCUGAUCGAAUCUUACAUGCGUGCUGUGAUUGGAAUGCAAAACUCGGGGAUGGUAUUCAUGUUGACAAACGAAAAGUUUGGCGAACUGAAAGCCAUGUACGAACUGUACAGUAAAGUGCAGAAUGGUGUGGCCGUUAUGACCGAAUUCCUGUCGACUUAUCUACGCUCUCGCGGCCAAGCACUAGUCCAGGAGAACGAACAGACUAGCGGAGUUCAGUUUAUUCAGGUAAGGGGAAGGAACUUUGUUUACAACACAUUAAAUGGCAAGAACUUUCUUUACAAAUCAAAAAUGACAAAACUUAUAACAGGUAUUUCAUAAACUAUCAAAAACUUGUUUCCACCUAUAGUUCCUCGAACUUUUUAUAAUCAAGCGCACCGUUGCUUAACUUGCCAGAUCGGACAGGAUCGCGCCUUCGCACUGUGCAAAGAAAUCAAUUUUUUGGCAAUAACUUUGUUUACAAUGAUAGGAAAUGGAAUUUUUGAAAUUUUGCAAGAACUUCCUUUACAAUUUUUUGAAAUAAUUUGAGUUGUUUUGUAAUUUUGAAAAAAACGCAAUAAUUUUGUUUAUAAGUUGGAAAUUAGCGUUUUAAGAUUAAAAAGGAUGAAAAUUUUGAUUAUUUUAGGUUUUUUUGUUAUUUUAUAGCUAUUUUAUACCUAUUUUUUAAUUUUUUUAAAGACUUCACACAUAGUUUUUUCAAAAAUUAAAUCAGCGUAUUUUCAGCAAAUGAUCGACCUGAAAGACCUGUUCGACCGUUUCCUCUCCGAAUCCUUCAAAUCGGACAAAGAGAUCAAACAAAAAAUGCAGACCGAUUUUGUAUAUUUCUUCAACUUAUCUCAAAAGUCCCCCGAGUAUUUAUCCAUGUACAUUGAUGACAAACUGAAGAAAGGCCUUCGCUCAGUCAACGAGAACGAUGCGGAACAGGUGCUGGACAAGUCAAUGAUAUUGUUCAAGUUUCUGCAGGAGAAGGACGUCUUCGAACGCUACUACAAACAACACCUAUGUAGACGGUUGUUGUUCGGAAAAAGUGUCAGCGAUGACUCGGAAAAGAGCAUGAUCGCCAAGUUGAGGGUAGGUGGGGGUAGGAAAAUGCUUUACAAGAGGGAAAAAUAGCAAGAAUUUUUUUACAAAACAAAAAAUGUCAGAACUUUCUUUACAAAACAAAAAAUGGCAAGAACUUUCUUUACAAAACAAAAAAUGGCAAGAACUUUCUUUACAAAACAAAAAAUGGCAAGAACUUUCUUUACAAAACAAAAAAUGGCAAGAGCUUUCUUUACAAAACGAAAAACAGUCGCAUUUUUUACAAAAAUGAGCUCCGCAGGCUGCGGAACACAAGUUAUACGACGAUAUCGAAAAAUAGAAGGAACUUUCUUUACAGAACAAAAAAUGGCAAAAACUUUCUUUACUAACAAAAAAUGGCAAGAAAUUCUUUUAUAAUAAAAAAAAACGGCAAGAACUUUCUUUACAAAGCAUAAAAUGGCAAGAACUUUCUUUACAAAAUAAAAAAUAGCAAAAACUUUCUUUACACAACAGAAAAUUAAAUUUUUUUAAAUUUGAUGACAUUUUCCCAAUUCCAGACCGAAUGUGGCUGUCAAUUCACCUCCAAAUUGGAGGGUAUGUUCAAAGACAUGGCCUUAUCAGAGACGAUCACCUCCGAGUAUCAUGCCCAUUUGGCCGCCAAUCCAGGAGCCGACCAAAGCCGAAUCGACCUCUCAGUCAACGUCUUGACCAAAGUUCAUUGGCCAACGACUCAAUCUGAACCCUGCAAUCUACCACUGAGUGCUACACAGGCGUUCGCCGCCUUUUCCGACUUUUACGUGUCAAAACAUAAUGGCAGGCGCAUCUACUUGAACCCAGCCUUAGGGUCAGCUGAUGUCAAAGCCAUUUUCUAUGGAAGUGCUAGUGGGAGGGGUGAUGUAAGUAAAAUUUUGUGUUUUUGGAAGAAAAAUGGAAAGAACUUUGUUUACAAAAUGAAAAAUGGCAAUAACUUUGUUUGCAAGACAUAAAAUGGCAAGAACUUUCUUUACAAAAUGAAAAAUGGCAACAACUUUCUUUACAAAUCAUAAAAUGGCAAGAACUUUGUUUACAAUUAAAAAAAUGGCUUUUUAUGAAAGAAAAUGGUUAUGCAGCUUGCGGGGGACAUUUUAUACGAUGGUGUAGAACAAGUCGAAAAGUCCAUUUGUAAAACGAAAAAUAGAAAGAACUUUGUUUCCACUGACAGAAAAAAAUCGUUUUUAAUGUAAACGCAAGAAUUUUCUUUACAAACAAAUGGCCAGAAAUUUCUUUACAAAACAAAAAAUGGCAAAAACUUUCUUUACAAAACAUAAAAUGACAAGAACUUUUUAUUUUUAACCUAAAAAUAUGAUUUUUAACACAAAAUUCAAUUAUAGGAACCAGGCUCAUCGAACGCGGUAGCACGAAGAGAAGAGCACAAAAUCCUCCAAUGCCACACCCAUCACAUGAUUAUCUUGAUGAAGUUCAACGAACGUCAAAAGUACACUCUUAAAGACCUAAGGGAAGCCACCAAAAUCGCCGACAAAGACUUCAAACGAGCUCUGAUGUCAUUGGCCUUGGGCAAAGUAACUCAACGUAUCUUGAUCCGAACCAAAAGUAAUGGCAAAGACCUGGCCGAUGACGACGAAUUCAUCGUGAACGAUGGCUACACAUCCAAGCUGACCAGAAUCAAGAUUCAGAUGGUGUCGGGGCGAGGAGAGACCGAGCCAGAGCGAAAAGAAACCAGAGACAAGGUCAAUGACGACAGGAAACAUGAGAUCGAAGCGGCCAUUGUGAGAAUCAUGAAGGCCAGGAAGAGGAGUCUCCACAAUGAUCUGAUCACUGAGGUAAGAAUGGGUAUUGGUGGGGGUUGGGGGAAGAUAAUUUGAGGUGGGGGGGGGGCGGGGGGGGGGAGAGGGUGGUAGAAGAGGAUAUCGUAUGAAGAGUAGGGUAGUGUAGGGAAGGGUAAUGAGGGGAGGGUAGAAUAGAAUAGUCUAGGAUUUGGUAUCCUUAGGCUAGGGUAAGGCAGGGUACGGUAAGGUAAAGUACUGAAAGGAAGGCAGGGUAGGAUAAGGUGAGUGUAAGGUAAGGUAAGAGACAGGGUAAGAUAGGGUAGGGUAACUGGGGGUAGGGGAAGCAUAUUGUAAAGAAGAUAGGGCUUUUCUAUAGUUGGCUUGGGCAAGCUUCUAUGGGACAAAGCGUACGGUAGGCUAAAAUAUAGGUAGGUAGGGGUACGGUACGCCACGGCACUGAUUUUUUUUAUUAGGACUGGGUACUAUCAUGUGUACGGUACAGGGUAUGGUUGAGUACGAUAAACUGCUCUAAGGGACGGGUAGGUUAAGGUAGGGUAAGGUAAGAAAUUGUAGGCCGACGUAGAAUUCUUGUUGGUUGAGUAGGGUUGGGUAGAGUAGUGUAAAAUUGGGUAGGGUAGGGUACGAUAGGAUAGGUUAAAGUAGGGCAGAGUAUUUUACAGUAAGCUAGGGUACUGUAGAUUAAUAAAUUUUUAUAAGGAUACUGUAAGUUAAUUUUUUAAUUUUGAAAUUUUUUGAAAAAAUUUAAUUUUCUAAAAUUUUAGGUAACAAAUCAACUCAAAAUCCGCUUCAUGCCGGACCCAUCUGUGAUCAAAAAGCGAAUCGAAAGUCUAAUCGAGCGAGAAUACUUAAAACGCGACGACAACGACCAUCGUCUCUACCACUACGUGGCAUAG